AGCCCGAUGCUUAGCGGGACGCGGAGCCCCGAGCGGCAGCUGCUCCUGCCGAGCGCCCCCGGCCCGGCCGCAUGGCCAACGUCGCCAAGAAGGUGUCCUGGUCCGGCCGGGACCGCGACGAGGAGGACGAGCCCCCGGCCGCCGGGGAGGCCACCCCGCUGCUGAACGGCGCGAGCCCGGGGGCGGCGGGCGGCCCCCCGCACUCCCGGCCGAUCACCCAUUCACCCUUUCUACGCCUCGGGAAACUGAGCAGUGUGGAUCUCAAUGAUGAUGUACGUGAACUGGAAACGGAGGCCACUAACCAGUUUCCCAGUGAGAUUCCUCACAACGAGAAGCUGCUCUUGCUCAAAUAUGAGAGCCUGGACUACGACAACUGCGAAAACCAGCUGUUCUUGGAGGAGGAGAGGCGGAUCAAUCACACGGCAUUCCGAACGGUGGAGAUCAAGCGCUGGGUCAUCUGUGCCAUGAUUGGGAUUCUCACAGGCCUCGUUGCCUGCUUCAUCGACAUCGUGGUGGAGAAACUGGCUGGGCUGAAGUUCAGAGUGGUGAAAGACAAUAUUGACAAGUUCACCGAGAAGGGGGGGCUGUCCUUCUCCCUGUUACUGUGGGCCAUUCUGAACUCGAGCGUGGUGAUGGUUGGAUCUGUUAUUGUCGCUUUCAUAGAGCCUGUAGCUGCCGGCAGCGGGAUUCCCCAGAUUAAGUGCUACCUCAAUGGCGUGAAGAUUCCUCAUGUUGUCCGCCUCAAGACCUUGAUGAUCAAAGUCUGCGGGGUCAUUCUGUCAGUGGUCGGAGGCCUGGCUGUCGGGAAGGAAGGGCCAAUGAUUCAUUCCGGAGCAGUCAUUGCAGCGGGGAUCUCGCAAGGAAGGUCGACUUCUUUGAAGCGAGACUUUAAGAUCUUUGAGUACUUCCGCAGAGACACAGAGAAAAGGGACUUUGUCUCGGCCGGAGCAGCUGCUGGCGUCUCAGCCGCUUUUGGCGCCCCAGUUGGGGGAGUUCUUUUCAGCUUGGAAGAAGGUGCUUCCUUCUGGAAUCAGUUCCUGACGUGGAGAAUCUUCUUUGCCUCUAUGAUCUCUACAUUCACACUGAACUCCAUCCUGAGCUUUUACCACGGGAACCCCUGGGACCUCUCCAGCCCAGGUCUCAUCAACUUUGGAAGGUUCGACAGCGAGAAACUGGGCUACACGUUCCAGGAAAUUCCGAUCUUCAUUGUUAUGGGAGUGGUUGGUGGAAUUCUUGGCGCAAUAUUCAAUGCCUUGAAUUACUGGUUAACCAUGUUCCGAAUCAGGUAUAUCCACCGCCCAUGCCUGCAGGUGAUCGAGGCCAUGCUGGUGGCGGCUGUGACGGCAGCCGUGGGGUUUGUGAUGAUCUACUGCUCUAGCGAUUGCCAACCCCUCCAAGGAGAUUCCGUGGCCUAUCCAUUGCAGCUGUUCUGUGCGGAUGGAGAAUAUAACUCGAUGGCCACCGCCUUCUUCAACACACCUGAGAAGAGUGUCGUCAGCCUCUUUCACAAUCCCCCAGGUUCUUACAAUCCCAUGACCCUGGGGAUGUUCACCCUGAUGUAUUUCUUUCUGGCCUGUUGGACCUAUGGGCUCACCGUGUCGGCAGGUGUCUUCAUCCCUUCCCUGCUGAUUGGAGCUGCCUGGGGGCGACUCUUUGGCAUAUCGUUGGCCUACCUGACCAGUGGAGCGAUCUGGGCUGACCCUGGGAAGUACGCUCUGAUGGGGGCCGCAGCGCAGCUGGGUGGGAUAGUGAGAAUGACCCUGAGCCUGACUGUCAUCAUGAUGGAAGCGACAGGCAACGUCACCUACGGAUUCCCCAUCAUGUUGGCACUGAUGACUGCUAAGAUCGUGGGUGACUACUUCGUGGAGGGUCUAUAUGACAUGCACAUCCAGCUGCAGAGCGUUCCUUUCCUGCACUGGGAGGCUCCAGUGACGUCUCACUCCCUCACAGCCAGGGAGGUGAUGAGCGCGCCCGUGACCUGCCUCAGGAGGAUUGAGAAGGUGGGGACGGUCGUGGACAUCCUCAGCGACACAUCGUCCAACCACAACGGCUUUCCCGUGGUAGAGAGCAGCCCGGACCCCACGCAGGUGGGGCAGACCACUGGCCGGCCAGCCGCCAGCCCUGCCCCAGGACCAUGGGCAGCUGAAGUGGCGGGAUUGCGAGGCCUGAUCCUGCGCUCCCAGCUGAUUGUUCUCCUGAAGCACAAGGUCUUCGUGGAAAGAGCCAACCUGACCCUUGUUCAGAGGCGGCUGAAGCUGAAGGAUUUCCGGGAUGCCUACCCCCGCUUCCCCCCCAUCCAGUCCAUUCACGUCUCCCAGGACGAGCGCGAAUGCAUGAUGGACCUGACUGAGUUCAUGAACCCGUCGCCCUACACGGUGCCCCAGGAGGCAUCUCUGCCGAGGGUCUUCAAGUUGUUCCGGGCGCUGGGCCUGCGGCACUUGGUGGUGGUGGAUAAUCACAAUGAGGUGGUCGGGCUGGUGACCAGGAAGGAUCUGGCAAGAUACCGACUAGGAAAGGAAGGGCUGGAGGAACUGUCCCUGGCGCAGACAUGACGCUCCUGGCGCGGUUGCUUUGCUGUGUUGAGCCCCGUUCCCCUGGAGGCGUUGGCAGGGAGCUGGUCCCCACAGGCUGCUGCGCCACCCGAUGCAUUCAGAACGAAUGCCCAGCCCCUGAUUGUGCAUCUUGUCCGUCGCCGUGUUCCCGUUUUUUUACUGGCUGCCUGUCCCUGUGUUGGCUGGGCGUCGCUGCAGCCUCCUCUCCUGUCACCCGCGGGACCAGGUGCUGGGCAGGUUCCUGGUUUCCCUCCUCUGCACGCUGGGCCCUUGGAGCAGCUUUGAGGCUAGAGAGCACUGGGUUGGGGAAGCCGAGCCCAGUGCCCUGGGGGAGCGAGAGCAUGCUACAAAGCUGGGGCAGCAGACAUACCCUGGCUAAUCCCCGGCCGGCGCAUAACAAGCCAGAGCCGCCUCCGCACCCCACACUGCCUCCUGGAAUAUGUGCUCCAGACUUCAGGAACCAGAAUCAUGUGGAUCUGACCCAGUCUGCAGCCGCGAUUGACCAAUGUCCAUCCUGCCUGGGCCUCCUCUGUACCAAAGCCUUCACCCGGGACACAGGCCUGGGAGCUGGCAGGGCCUGGUCCAGUAUCUUCUAGCAGGGACCUUGCCACGCAAAGCCUCCCUGGAUCCACGGGCCACCAACUGGGGACCAGUGUCUUCAAUGCUGCCCACAGCUGAGGUGGCUUUUAAACCUGCCUGCGAAGGGAGCAGCAUACCCUAGUUCCACAGCCCCAGCCCUGCAGCUCGGCGGGCUCCGAUGACACAGACACGCACAGAUGACCGAGCUGCCAGGGACUGGGUGCAACUGGCUCUGCCAUGUGCUGCAGCCAGGCCCUAUUUGGCUGUGACAUAUCUGGGCCUGUCUGAGACCGUGGGCCAGCCUGUGGGCACGGCCCCUCCUGGCACUGCCUGUGCUGUGCAUCUCAGACACGACGCAGCCCCCGCCCUCCUCACACCCUCUUGUCUCUCCCAGGCGGGGAUCACCCUGGGCCCCUCCUGGGGAGGCUGAAUGGCCUGGGGCCAGGGCUUGUUUGGAUGCAGGCGAUUGGUGAAGAAGUCUUCCUGGGGCGUAUGUGCCGAGUGGGUGUUGGCGCCACAGGAAGGUACCCGGUGCCGAGUGCUGCCCAGCUGUGGGGCUGGGCAGGGUUGGACCCCAUGCUGGGGACAGGAGGUUUCUCUCUGUAGAGCACAGUGCUUAUCAAAGGCCUUAUACAACAACGGCCGUGGCCUUCAGCUGCAGCCAGUCCCAGGCACCCAUGCGACUGCUAAUGGGAAGUGCAGCAUCUGGGCCCCCUUGGCCUGUUCCUGGAGAGCAGCCGUCUCAGCAGAGCAGGGCUGCCCCCUCUGUCCAGUCUGUGCCGCCUUCCCCGGUUGCUGGGCAUCCUGAGCCUGGCUUCCCUUAGGCGAGGGGCUCUAGGGGAUGGGGUAGGAGGCUGAAAGGAAGAGGGACCUGCCUAGUGAAUAUUUAUGGGAUGAAGUGAUGCCAUGUGGGACGCUGAAGUGGAGCAUUUACAAACGAUCCCCUGCUCCCGGAGAGGGGUUCGCCCCAGGCAGGCAGCCUCUGUCCCUAGCGCCUGUCCGUUCUGCCCACUCUCCUGGGCUCCACUGAGUGCUGGCAGCACAGGCCUGAGGUGCAGCUCAUGCUCCUGGCGAGAGGUGGGUGGGGCCGAAAUGCACAGAGACCGUAAGAAAUAAAAUCACUGGAACCAAACAGCUGCUGCUGGAUCUGCUUUUCCAUCUGCGCCCCGUCCCGGUCGCACCGCUCCUGGGCAGCCUGGUGAGAUCUAACGAGGUCAGGCCGGGGCAGGGAGCAGUGUCCGGUUCCAGGGGAUAGACUCAGGAAGGAAGAAACAGCUCUGCACGACUGGGGCUUAGCGUGAAGUCAUCCCCACCUCCACCUCGCAGAGCUCAGAUCCUGCCCAGCAGGGAUGCCCCGUGGCUGAGGGGAAAGGCCAGGCCGGUGCGUGUGGAGCCAGGGCUGGCCAGUCGGCACACCUGAGCUUGCCGCAUGGCGGUCUCAGCCUCAUGCAAAGCCUUUACAAGUUGGGGUGUGAAAGUCUGGCCUGAACUCACAGCUGCGCUCAGAGCCAAGCGGUAAGUGAAAGAUGCUGUUGGUGCCAGUUCCCAGAAGGGGCAGGGACCAUGACAGCUGAAAGGUCCGGGGCGCCAGCUCAUCAUACUGCCCUGAGAGCCGGCUGCAGGUGGGGAGACAACAGGACAGCCAGGACUCAUCUUGGCCGGCUUGGAGGUGGCAGAGGCUGCCUGCUGCAGGUCAGCCAUUGCUCCAGCCCACGGGUUCCUAGAGCAGCCUUGGGAGAGGAGGCCUCUGGUCAGUGCAAGCCUUGUUCCUGUGUCCCCUUCCACGGGCCCUACUCCCCUGUGGGCACAGUCCUGGAGCUAGGACUUCACCCACUGCUAGAAACAAGCAGUAGUGACCAGCCCCUUGCAGCCGUUGUAAAGCUGGGCUCCCCUGGCAGCAGGCUGUGCAUCACCGGUAGUGUACAGACUGUUCAUCAGCCAGUGUCUCCCGCUGGAGUCUGAAAUACUAGCCCCAGCGCGCAUCUCAGUGUCCCAGUUACUCGGGGGUGGAGCAGUUUGUUCAUGAGUAGCUUGCGGGUCACAGCCAAGAGCUCGGUCAUCACCAGGUGUAGGGGGCUGGGGCUAGAGAUUUUACACACCUGUGUCUACCAGAGGGCUGAGAUCAGCCUCCCCAGAGCCCUUGGAAACAAGAGUCUUUCCAACCAAGAGAACUUGCCCCCUCCAGGCCGAGUGGAUUCCAGUGUCUCCUCGGAGAGCUGCUUUAAACACCCAGUGCUCAAGCCCGCUUGCGUUGUAGAUGCAGAUCUCGCACAGUCAGCUAGUACUGCUCCAGCAAGUGUGUUCCUGUAUCUCGGGGGCAGGAUCGGGCUCUGAAGGGGGGCACGCAGGGCAAUGGAUGCCCUCCCUCUGGGACCCAAAUAAUAAUCUCUCAGAGCAGGCCACCAUCUUCUCUGCCUCUCCUCUCACCUUGGUAACUGAAUUUGUAAAAGGAGCAGUUGCAAACCCCAAGUGUCUGUCUUGGAAGCCUUGAGAUUUUCUAUAGGAAGAUGACCCACUGGAGAUAUUUUUGUGCUGAAAUAAAGGCUGUUUAUACUUUUA